AUGCUUGGACCCACGGUUGUGACAAGCCUCUUCAUCGUCGGCAGUGCUUUCAAAGAAGCGGCGACUUCCAAAGGACCCUCUGCGCAGCCCAUCACGUCGGCGCCAGGCCAGAGGGGCGUCAUCCCUCACUGGGACUUGCAGUCUUCGUCCCUUGUCGAGAAGGACCUCGCCCGGGUGUCCGAGCCUGGCCAUGAUACUUCGGCAUGGUACCGCAUCGGGACUUCGCGAUGUACAAUCAUGGGGUGCCUGUUGGCUGCCGGCAUCUACAACGACACGGACCUUUGGUACUCUGACAACCUCAGUAAGUUCGACGCGCGCCAGUUCUCGGUGCCAUGGGUCUAUAGAAACGAGUUUUCGCUCGCGGCCAAGGACGGCCAGCACUUUAUGCUAGAAACGCACGGCAUCACGUCGAGGGCGGACAUCUUUCUCAACGGCAAACAGGUCGCCCUUCACAAGUGUCAGGCUGGCUCAUACGGGGGCCACACGUACGACAUUACCAGCCUGGUGGAGGAUGACAACGCCCUCGUCAUCAACGCUCAUCCCGCUGAUUUCAACUACGAUCUCGUCCAGGGCUUUGUCGACUGGAACCCGCCUCCGCCGGACAAUGGCUCAGGUGUUUGGCGGGACAUAGCCGUCAAACAAACCGGUCCUGUGUCCAUGGGCCGUGUGAGUGUGUCGAUAGACAUGGAGCCACCCGUGGAAAAGAGUCCUGCCAAGGUUAUUGUGCGCGCCAUGGCACAGAACUUGGAGGAUCAUGCGGUGCAGCUCAAGGUCAAGUCGACUGUCACGGGCCCUUCUGGCUACGGCGAGUUGUCGAGUUGCCAGGAUGCAGUGGUGAAUUUCGGUCCCGGAGAAUCGCAACCUGUCGAGAUAGCUCAUAUGAUCGACAAGCCGAGGGUAUGGUGGCCGAAGCAAUGGGGCGAGCAACCUUUGUACGAGACUAAAAUGACCUUUAUGGUCGACUCAAAGGUCUCGGACGUGUCCCGUCAAUCAUUCGGAAUCCGAACCGUGACAUCAAAAGUAAACGGCCACAACGACACCAUGUUUACGGUCAACGGCCACCCGUUCCAGGUCAUUGGAGGUGGCUACACUGCCGACCAGUUCUUCCGCUGGGACAGAGAGAGAUUCCUGGCGAUUGCAAAGUACAGCCUCGACAUGGGUCUCAACACCAUCCGAUUGGAGGGCAUGAUGGAGCAUCCCGAGCUGUACGAGACUGCCGACGAGCUGGGAAUCAUGAUCAUUGCCGGUUGGGUCUGCUGCUCCAAGUGGGAAGCGUGGAAGCACAACCACGACCUGCAGCUCGACCCUGUUCCGUAUUGGGUUGAGAAUGAUUAUCAGACGGCAAACGCCAGCAUGAUGCACGAAGCGGCGAUGCUUCAGCCCCAUCCAAGCGUGAUGGCCUUCCUCGUCGGGAGCGACUCCUGGCCCAACGACAGAGCUACACGCAUCUACGUUGAUGCGUUGAGAAAUGCGCAUUGGCAGACCCCAAUCAUUGCGUCGGCAGCCAGGCGGGGGUAUCCGGAGAUCCUUGGACCCAGCGGCAUGAAAAUGGAUGGGCCGUACGACUGGGUCCCUCCCAACUACUGGUUCGAUACGGAACCUUCCAAGGACCGGCUGGGCGCUGCUUUCGGGUUUGGGUCCGAGCUGGGCGCUGGCGUGGGAACCCCUGAGCUGGGGAGCCUGAGGAAGUUUCUCUCCCAGGGCGACAUGAACGAUCUCUGGGCGCGGCCCGACAAGGACUUGUUCCACAUGUCUUCCAACAGGUCGUCGUUCCGGAACCGCAAGAUCUAUAACCAGGCCCUUUUCCAGAGAUACGGUCCUCCGAAAUCGUUGGACGACUACCUGCUCAAGGCUCAGAUGAUGGACUAUGAAGCGACCCGGGCGCAGCACGAGGGCUACUCGUCACGAUGGAACGCCAACCGACCGGCAACGGGCACGAUCUACUGGAUGCUCAACAACGCCUGGCCCGGCCUUCACUGGAACCUAUUUGACAGCUACAUGCACCCGGCAGGAUCAUACUUUGGCACGAAGAUGGGGUGCAGGAUCGAGCACGUCGCGUACGACUACGUCGAUCAGACUGUCUGGCUCAUCAACCACUCCCUGGUCCAACGAGGCAAGCGCAAGAUUGUCGUUGAGCUGAUCGAUCUUGACGGUAAUAUACUGUCUACGCAGAGUUUCCAUGCUCGCACCCAGGCAAACACAGCUGAACGAGCCGGAAAGGUAUCCAAAGUGAGCAAGGUUAGCAAUGUUGGUUUCCUGCGCUUGAUUCUGUUCGACGAGCAAGGCGUCACUGUAAGUCGCAACGUGUACUGGCUUUCCAAUUCUAUCGACGCGCUGAGCUGGAAAAACUCGACUUGGUAUCACACCCCAGUGUCGGAGUUCGCGGACUUGACUGCUCUCAGCAGCAUGAAGACGGCAACUGUCACCCUGCGCCCAUCGUGCUCGAGUUCUGGCUCAGGUGACUCUGCCCAGAAGUCGCAGCUUCUGGAGCUUGAGAAUCAGUCCUCGACCCCCGCCUUCUUCAUUCGCCUCAAUCUAGUCGACGAAGCGGGAGUGGAUGUAAAUCCCGUGCAGUGGUCAGACAACUAUGUCACUCUGUGGCCAAAUGAGAAACUCCAGCUCCUAGUUGGCUACUCCGACAUGGAAGUUGAAGGCGGCAAGGUGACAAUAAGUGGAGGAAACAUAAAACCUUCCGAAAUUUUGCUUGGGGGGUGCAACAAGUGA